AUGAAGAUUUCUAAACGUCUUACGAUAUUUACGCCCAUAAGUGUUAAUACUGAGGUGAUCGAAUAUUUACUUCGUGAGAACAGAAGUAACGGCAAUGAGUCCAUAAGAAUCUGGAGCGAGGCAAAACUUAAGGAACUGCAAUUCGUUGGCGUACUUGGCGCACUCAUGGCAAGUUUACUGUGCAGUGCAUUUACUUGGCCGCUCGCAAACAACACAAUCUGGGUAGUGACAUCUCUAUGGUACAGUGGCUUGGUCUUUAUUCUAGCCAGUGUUGCAACAGCCACGCAGCAAAGCAUCACCCUCAGCCGUUUCUCUUGUCUUGAACCGGAGGAACACGCGAAAUACAUCAAGGGCAUACUUGCUCGUGAUGAUGGGAACUCAGGAUUGGUUCCUCGAACCGGUAUAAGUUUUGUCAUGCAAAUCCCGGUCAUGAUGCUCCGGUUUGGUAUUUAUUUCUUUAUGGCUGGCUUGGGUGCCUUGCUUGGAUACACAGCCUGGGAGAAAGGCAACGUCUUUUCAUCUGAAACUAAGAAAGACUGCGACGAUGUUUGCUGUAAUUACUAUAUUCGCUAUAUGCUGCCAUACGGCUUCGGUAGUUUUGAUUUAUACGCGUUGGGAAAUAUGACACUACCCGCAUUGCCCGAAUUUAUGAGGGUUAUUGUCUCAGGCUACCUUUUUCGAAAGAGGAAGCUCGUCUAUGCCAGCCAGCGAGUUCGAUAA